AUGGACACGCGAUCGCGAUCAAAUCGAGACAACGACAAGCCGAAUCUUUACGUUCCACCGGUGCUUCGGACGCUCGUUUUCUCGCCCAUUCAAGCCGCCCUCACUGCCACUUACAACGAGAAAUCUAACUUGACGCGUUUUAAAUACGAGCUCACCUGGACGGAGAAGAUCGACGAAGAAAAAGCCCAAGCGGAUCCCUACAAUCAGAAAAGUGCUCUUUCACCCGGCAGUCUCGACGAUGCCAUUUCGUCGGCUACUUCCACGAUUUCAACUCAUUCGAUGCUUCGCGUUAAAAACGGUGUGAAAUGUGAUGGGCCUUGUGGACUUUUUCAUCAAUCUUCUCAAUUAAUAAAUGUCGGACGUUGCGAUCAUUACUUGUGCAAGGCGUGCUCGGGAAUUGUCAUUAACAGCGAUGGCUCAACUGGCUGCUCGAAUUGGGAUUGCUACCGCGGUGCGUUUACCUGGUUGCCGUCCGAGUUGUGCAAGAAAUUCUACACUGAAUACGUGAUCACCCAGCAACAAACGAAGAAACGUCUUCAUCCAUGUUGUCGAGCUUUGACAAAAAUGUUGUCAAAGCAAGAGAUUGAAGCGGACGUGCGCACGGGGAUUCAGGAAAACACGAAACGAGCUAUCAAGAAGCUCAUCUCGCUUACCGGAUCCGAAAAGCGGCAGACUCGAACUCCUAAGCCUUCGAUUCAAAUUCGCUUGGCCGUCAUAGAUCAUGGACCGCGAGACAGUUUGAAGAUCAAGCACAUUGCGAUCCCAGGAAUUCCUUCUACCACAAUUAAAGAAAUUGUCGAUCAAUUGGGGGAUCCUAUGGUUAAACGUGGUCGUCUUUUUGUGAUGAGGCGCAUCGAGAAGAAGUUUGAGUUGUCGUUCAGCACGCCGUUCAAAGAGUUUCAGAAGAAGCGUCUCGAUGAGUUGCCCAUUCACGAGUCGAACAUCUACCUUGCGAUCGAUCUGACGGGAAAGAUUCAUUCAUGUGAUGAGAAAUCUUCGAAA